CCGUACCCAGCCCCGACGACGCAAAGACAAGGUAUCAAUAGGCCGCAAGCGACGCCACGCGAAAAGUGGGAACGGGCAAAAGACAUGUUGUUGGUUGUGGCAGCUGUCACAACCAUCCAACGACAAAGGCCCAGCGGUUAGAGGACGGCUGGGACGUGGUGAUUGGCCGUCGACGGCUGGACCUUACCCCAGUCCGACAUAGCAGAAGCGUGAAAAGCGACCGGAGAGAGCCCCAGAGAGAGACCCAGAGCGUGCCAGAGGGAGCCAGAGGGAGCCAGAGGGAGCCAAAGUACCCCUCUCUCGCCUUGCGUUUGCUGUCUCUGCCGCUUCUGCUGCUUCUGCUGCUUCUGCUCUUCUCACACGACGACCGCCACGGCCUGAGCCUGCCAGCGCUACGAAGAUUCGUAUUUGUUGCAGCAUCAGUCUCAGCCCUUCCAGCCGUCUCGAGAACAAAGAACUUGACCCUACAAUCAUCUGGCCGUCGUUGCGAGCCCAUCGCACGCGCUGUCCUUUGUCUUCACCACCAAGCCCACCUGUUCCCGCACACCUCCCGCCCACCUCCCGCCAGAACCCUGAGUCGCAGGCCCGCCCGCAGGAACACAACCAGUCUCCCUCUUCACUUUCUUGUUGUCCUUGCAACACCUGCACAUCCGCAAAUCACACGGACGGGCGCUCCAUAUCGCAGCCUCUCGAUCGCCGUGCAUACCGAGCGCAAUUCCUCUCCUGAGCAUUGACGAGUCGCUUCCAAGGCUCGCUCAACCAUGUCCCGCCAACAGGCCGCGCCAGGGUCGCGGAAAAUAUCCUUCAACGUGUCGGAGCAGUAUGACAUCCAAGACGUGGUCGGCGAAGGUGCCUAUGGUGUCGUCUGUUCUGCUAUCCACAAGCCUUCGGGUCAAAAGGUUGCGAUCAAGAAGAUCACACCGUUCGACCACUCCAUGUUCUGCCUGAGAACGCUGCGAGAAAUGAAGCUGCUGCGCUACUUCAACCAUGAAAACAUCAUCUCCAUCCUUGACAUCCAAAAGCCCAGAAGCUUGGAGACGUUCACUGAAGUCUAUCUCAUUCAGGAACUCAUGGAGACGGACAUGCACAGAGUCAUCCGCACGCAAGAGCUGUCCGACGACCACUGCCAGUACUUCAUUUACCAAACCCUCCGUGCCCUCAAAGCCAUGCAUUCCGCAAACGUCCUGCACCGUGAUCUUAAGCCUUCCAACCUGCUGCUCAACGCCAAUUGCGAUCUGAAAGUCUGCGACUUUGGUCUUGCCCGUUCGGCAGCUUCCACCGAGGACAACUCGGGCUUUAUGACAGAAUACGUGGCGACGAGAUGGUACCGUGCACCAGAGAUUAUGCUGACAUUCAAGGAGUAUACGAAGGCCAUUGACGUGUGGAGUGUGGGCUGCAUUCUCGCGGAGAUGCUAAGCGGCAAGCCCUUGUUCCCAGGAAAGGACUAUCACCACCAGCUUACCUUGAUUCUCGAUGUGCUCGGCACACCCACCAUGGAAGACUAUUAUGGCAUCAAGUCCCGUCGUGCUCGCGAAUACAUCCGAUCACUACCGUUCAAGAAGAAGAUCCCAUGGAAGGUCAUGUUCCCCCGCACAAACGACCUCGCCCUCGAUCUUCUCGAACGCCUGCUCGCAUUCAAUCCGGUCAAGCGCAUCACGGUGGAGGAAGCUCUGAAGCAUCCUUAUUUGGAGCCGUACCACGAUCCGGAUGACGAGCCCACGGCAGAUCCAAUCCCCGAAGAGUUUUUCGACUUUGACAAGAACAAAGACAAUCUAACCAAGGAGCAGCUGAAAGUCCUCAUCUACAAUGAAAUCAUGCGAUAAGCAAAUCCAGUAUCGCAUAGAGCGAAGACACGACGAAUAAUGAUGCUUUUUAUGCAAUUGGUUGGAAACAGGGCGAAAAGGGGCGCCGGAGGCAUACGUUAGGAGCAUUGAUCAGCAGCGACAGAACAAGUCCUAGAUGUUCUGAUACAAUGUAGUAGCCUAUUCUGUCACCUCUACCUCGUUCUCUCAGUUUGCAUAGACGGCUACGUGUAGGAACGGAGUGUUUAGUCGGAAUGCACGCAGCAUGCAUGGCGAUGACUUGAUUUCCUUUCGUCUCUACGCAAUUCCUGGCUUUCAUGUAUGAGAAAGAAAAGGAGACAAACCAAUGUAGACUGCUCAGAAAUACCCAUUCCAGUUCACGACCACUGUUCUCGUUCGCACCGAUGAUUGU